AUGAGAUUACCGGAAACGCUCAAGAGUACUACCUCUGGCAUAGGCGAGCCUUUUCUCCAACCGCUCUUCUAUAUCUAUCCCAAGGAUGGAAACACCUUUGCGAACCAGCUCCAAUUAUUCUAUGGCGAUGCCCUUUUUAUCAGCCCCAUCCCCGAAGAAAACUCCACCUCUGUCGACGCCUACUUCCCAAACGACGUUUUCUUUGACUGGUACACGGGUGUCGCUCUCCACGGCAAGGGCAGAGUAGUUACUCUUAGGGACAUUGACAUUACCCAUAUCCCCAUCCACCUUCGCGGUGGCAGUAUCAUCCCUGUCCGUUCCUCGGGAGCGAUGACAACCACGGUGCUGCGCGAGAAGAGCUUCCAGCUCAUCAUUGCCCCCGGGUUGGAUGGAAAGGGCUUCGGCAGCCUUUACCUCGAUGACGGAGACUCUCUCGAGCAGACAGCCACGGUGAAUAUCGAGAUUGAGUAUCGCCGUGGGUUCCUUUAUCUCAAGGGUCAAUUCCACCCUGAUUCUCCUGUUCGUCUGGAGAGCAUUACACUCCUCGGUCACGGACCCACUCGGAACAGAAACAGAUCAUCCCCACGGGCUGGGAGCUCACCGAGCCAACCCAGGUGA